AUGGUGUCACCAGCCCUUCAACAAGCGUUGGAUGCACUCGAGGCCGCACUGCAUGCCACGGACGCAACAAGAUUUAUAGCAGCUGGAUCACUGGUCACCGUUUUGUACGACUGGCUGCUCACCUUGGACGACGAGGUCGAGCUCGUCUACCCGGCACCUUGGUCAAUUGUAAAGUUGAUACACAUCUUUAUCCGCGUUUCCUCGGCAGCAGGACUGGGGAUGAUGAACUUUCGUGCGGAUUGGCGACCACUUAUCUGGGUUCAGACCAGCUUUGAGCGAUACUUUGUAUGCCGUUCGGUUAAACCUAUGCGCAUGACUCAACCCGUCCUUUCGGUUGCAGCGAGCAACUUUCUAGUUAUGCGGCGAGUGGGCCCACUAUAUAAUAACCGUGUAGCUGUUGUAUACGGGCUACAUUUCCUCUUUCUUGGGAGCUAUAUUGCUACAAUUACUCUGGCGAUCAAGUCGAUCAUGCCGCUCAUUCCUAUAUCAAGGUUUUCGCCUACUCUCAAUAUAUGUAUCACAACCAGAUUUGUGCGACCAAACGGUGCCAUUUUCUUUGGGCCAUUGCUUCUCGAAACCGUCGUGUUUGUAUUGACGGCUUAUAAAGCCUUCGAAACUGGCCGGUCAGCAGCUGCCGAAAGUAACACGCCACUCUUGCUCCGUGUCUUUUUCCGAGGUAACCACAUGUCCUUUGCGGAUUUAGCCAUUGAAACCUCGCCAGAUGGGAUGGUGCAUUACGCCGUUAUGCUCGUUGCAAGAGUUUUGUGCAUCUUGGUCUACUUUGAAUUCCCACCCAACCUUCUUUAUAUUGGCGUCUUGAUACUUUGGACGGCGGUAGCCACAAUGACCACACGUCUUAUCAUCAAUCUACGGGUGGCCAGUCGCAGGGGGCACACCGGCCUUGGUAUGUCGACGAAGAAACAGGGGUUGAUGUCACUGAGUAUUCAAUAA